GCUCAUAAUCUUUUAUCUUGUUCUAUCUAAGUAAUUCUCUUUACAGCUAGCAGGGGAAAUAGCUGUUUCAAGCACCGUCUUAUCAAGAAAGCCUAAUCUGCAACAAAUUCUAAUAGCGACAUCAUACCAAUAAUCAGUUGAAAAAGAGGCGCGCGCUUCCAAAGACGCCACGUGUCAGCUACGUAGUUGUCAUCCGCCGUCAUCCCAAUGGCAGCCGCUAUGUCAUCCAAGGAUGGCGACACCAUCGAGCUAGCGACAGCGCCCGGGCACAACUCACAUGACCACGACGAGCACAAGGCCAGGCCAGAUGUUGACCAGGCUUACCUGGCUAGCAGGGGCUUCGGCAAAAUUUUCCGCAGCGUCCUCUUCCAGGUCAUCCUGUUCGGUUGUAUCAGCUUCGUCGGGCCCUCCAUUUUCGACGCCAUCUCCAAUCUGGGUGGAGGUGGGCUUUCGACGCCGUAUCUGGCCAACCUGGCCACCACUCUGAACUAUGUAUCAGGUAGUUUAGUUACCCUAUUUGGCGGGCCCCUUAUCAACAAGAUAGGCAUCAAGUGGUCCAGCUUUAUAGCCACGCUGGCGUUUCCGCUAGUUGGGUCUGGGUACUAUAUGUCCGCCCGGUAUGGCGUGGACUGGUACCUGCUUGUGGUCACUACUAUCAACGGGCUAACAGCAGGCUUCCUGUAUGUCAGCUCAACGACAGCCAUGCAGACAUACCCAGACCAAAGGGACCGCGGGUGGUACCUCGGCCUAUGGUCGGCCAUGAUGAACUCGGGUGCUGUCGUUGGGGGUAUCAUCAACUUUGCCAUCAACUACCGCCGCUCUAGCGCCGGCGGCGUGGCCUGGUUCACGUACCUUAUCUUCCUUGGCCUUGAGUGCACAGGCUUCAUCUGGGCCCUCCUCUUGUCGCCGACGGCGCGGGUCCGGCGCAAGGACGGGACGCGGCCAGACCUGUCGGGGCGCAACAUCACCUGGAAGGGCGAGUUCGAGGCGCUCUGGGCGCAUGCCCGGCAGAAGACGUCGUGGCUCGUUUUUGUUCCUGCCUUUUACUCCUUUUUUUAUGGCGGCACUAUGGGCACCUACCUCACCCUCCACUUCUCCGUGCGCGCACGCGCGCUAUCCACCAUGGUCACGCCCAUGUGCACUGUUCCUAUGGUUAUGAUCUACGGGAAGCUGCUUGACAUGCAGCGUUUGUCCCAGAAGACCCGGGCUUGGGUUGCUCUGUGCUCCUGGGUUCUUCCUCAAGCUGCAUCCUUUGUAUGGCUUGGAGUUGAGUACCACAAGUUUGGAACUGGCAGUUCUACAGGGUUAGACCCUGUUGUCAACAGCCGCCGCUGGGCUGAGGCCUACCUGCCGUUUCUAAUCAUAUUCACUACAGGCUACUGGACGCAGCUCUCGCUGUACUGGAUUCUAGGCACCUUUGCUAAUGAUGUCAAGUCGACAGCGCGGUCGACCGGGUUGUUCCGUGCCUUCACGACGUGCGGCAUGGCUGUGUCAUACGGCAUCAACUCGAGCGCAAGCUUGGAUCCUCGCAUACCAUUGUGCCUCAAUGCCGCUCUUAUCGCGCUGGUCAUCCCCUGCAUGAUUGCACUUAUCCGUCUGGUUCCAGAGAAAGUUGAUUCAAGCCUGGACGAGGAGCAGGAGAAGACUUCUGCCUGAACCACCGCUGCGGCGCUGCCCCAGGAUCGGUAUGCAGGCGGUGAAAAAUUGGAGUGACAGAGUCCGAUAAAUCGAGUUGUCCAUGUGUCGCAGGCAAACGCCUAAAAAUAGGCAUUAAGUGCGGUUGUAUCGUAAGGACUCUAGGAGAUAGGAUUCUAAUGAGUGAAUGAAUAAGAUACUCCUUGGAAAGUUCUACCUGCGGCACACGUCUCUCUGAGGGCCGCGGGCCGGGCAUACCCAUGUCUUAACAUGCUUGUGUCACUCGCACGGAUGAACCACUAAAGAAAGCACCAACUAACUCAAAAUCUGUUUACUCAAUUUAAGGGCCAUCGAUGCUUUCAUCGAUAUCCAGCACCGCUGGCCUAUUAAUAAUAUUCCCUAUUCUUACCUGAAUAUAUCCGUUAUGUACGCCGUCAAGCCUUAGACCAUGCAUGCAAUACGCUGCCGGUGACAACGCGGGACCCAAAAUGAUAUAUACGGCCUCGAUGCGGAAGUUCACAUUGGAAAUUGGAGGUUCACGAUACUUCUCAGAGCGGGGUAAUUGGUGAGAUGCACCUUCACUAAGCCUAUGCCAGCAAAGAGCACAGGCUCAUUCAGAUUCCAUUGCUACUAGUGAUUAGUUGUUUGAAUGUCAGGGCCGGGCGGCCUCGGCGCCAUACAAGUGAUCGGAGGACGGGACGGAAGCCGCGUAGUAAGGGAGGGGGGCCGCCGGGGGGUACCAGGCCCACUAGUGCCUCAACAAAGGGGCUCGGGAGAUUAUUAGUCCGUCCAGAGAAAUGAGAUAAGAUUAGAUAUCUUAGAUAAGAAUAGGAUAAGAGAGAUAAGAGAUGUAGGCAGAAAGUGUGAUU